AUGCUCUCGAGGCGGCGCGCUGCCGCAGCGUACACGGCACUCGCCGUCCUGCGGGUCUUGGUCGCCUUCACCUCGCUGUCGUCCAUCCACCCCGACGAGCACUUCCAGAACCCGGAAAUCGCUGCCGCCUUCUCGUUCGACUAUGCCAUGUCCGGCGGUGACCGCCCCCUGCGCACCUGGGAGUGGCGAGGCGCCUCGCCCUGUCGCAGCAUCCUGCCCGUCGCUGGCUCGACCGGGCUCGCGUUCCUUCUCGUCAAGGUCUUUCUCGGCUCCAGUCCACCGGCGAGCGCCCUUUUCGCCGCCGAGCGAGCCGUCAUCCUCCUGUUCUCGUUCGGCAUCGACUAUGUCGUGUGGCACAUCUCGCGACGGUCGCACCUAUCGGUCCUCCUGUUCGCCAGCUCGCCCGUCACUUUCACCUUUCUGCUCCGCCCCUUCUCCAACACCCUCGAGACUGUCUUCCUCGCGCUCGCCUUCUUCAUCUUUUUCCGUACCCUCACGUCGGGACGAGCGGCGUCAGUCGCACGUCUCUUCGGCCUCGGCGUCGUCCUCGCCGUCGGCAUCUUCAACCGCAUCACCUUUGCCGCCUUUGCGAUGCCGCUCGUCCUCAGCACAGCCGACGCCGGCUCUCGGCAGACUAGUUCUCAUGUUUCGCUCAGCGCAUCUUCUCGGCGCCUCGUCCUCGUCGGUACCAGCGCCCUCGCAGGCUUUAUCGUCGCCGCAACCUCCUGUAUCGUCGUCGAUACGGCCUACUUCUCGACCGGCAAGGUGUCGAUCCGCACCGCCCUCAACGCGCUCGCCCAUCCGCACUCGUUCAUCGUCACGCCGCUCAACCUCCUGCGGUACAACGCCUCGAGCGAUAACUUGGCCGAGCACGGCCUGCAUCCCCGAUGGCUCCACGCAGUCGUGAACGCGCCCUCGCUGUUCGGUGCGGGCCUCGUCAUCGUCGCGCUCAGUGCGGCGGACCUGCUACGGCCGAGAGGAAGGCUCAAGCCGUUCGACCGGCGCCAUCUUUUCUUGUACCUCUCGACAUUCUUCGUUCCCCUCGUCGCCCUCUCCGUCCUCCCGCACCAAGAGCCUCGAUUCCUCGUCCCUCUUGUCCUCCCUGUCGUCCUCCUCGCGCCAUACACCUCGAUCUUCCGCAGCGCGACGUCGAGGGCCGGCAAGACGCGCAGGGUCAUCUGGGUUCUCUGGCUCGCCCACUCGUUCGGCUUCACCAUCAUGUUCGGCUACCUGCACCAAGGCGGGCUUGUGCCGGCCACGCUCGCCCUCAACGGCGAGCUGCGCAACUCGACGACCCGCAUCGGCGCCGCUCGCGCCGUCGACGUCGUCUUUUGGCGCACGUUCAUGCCGCCUCGGCACCUGCUCCUGCCGCUCGCUCCAGGAGCUCUCGUCCCAGCUGUCCGCGUCACCGACCUCGCCGGCGCCUCAUCCUCCACCUUCCUCUCAACCCUUGCCGCCUUCGACCUCGCCGCCUCGCACGUCAUCGUCGUCGCGCCAGCCUACACCAUCGAGGCGCAAAAUCUCACGUGCCUCGCGACGUCCACCUCGACCGCCUCGUCGGGCCGCUCGGACCCGUUCGACACGCUCCCGAAGCGACGCCUCUCGCCGCUCGUCGCAGGCCGCACAUCUUACGGCGUGCACGUCGACAUGGACCGGCUCGGCGACCUCUCCGGGGCCAGGUGGAAGACGCUGGGCGUCGGGGUGUGGACGGUCGAGUAGCGCCGGCGCAAUGCGAUUUCCCUCGCUCGCCCGCC